AGUACAAGUGAUUAAUAUUUCCUGAUUCCCGAAAGCCGAACAGCUUUUACUUUUAGAUGGCAACAACAUAAGUAGCCAAUUAAUAUAAAUCUUUGUUUUACCGCGGUUAACCCAGCUGAGAGGGGUCAAAUUUCAAAUCACUUUCAAUCCGGCUUCUGUGUGUAGAUCACAAAUACACACAUUUUACAAUUAGAGAAAUUGUAACAUUUCAGAAGUUGUGUCUUUGUUUAUAGAUUUCAUGUUAGAGGUACCAUAUUUGUUAGACAAUGGCUGGACGAGCUUUAAUGGCAUAUGGAUUAAAUUUUAUGGAUAACAAUAACACAAUAGACACAAUGGCAACAGGCACGCCAACGUAUAAGAUAAUUCUGUUAGGAGAAUACGGUGUUGGGAAAAGUUCUAUAUUUAGAAGAUUUCUGAACGGGACUUUUAUUGAAGAACCGGGCAAGAAAUCGACCAUUGGACUGGACCAGUGUUCACAAACUUUUGGUGUUCAUGGAAUAAACGUAAAAGUAACGUUAUGGGAUACAGGUGGUAUGGAGAGAAUGAGUUUCAUUGGGUCCAGCUUUUACAGAGGUGCACACGCUGCAUUGUUGUGUUAUAGUGUGAAAAACAAAGAAACAUUCACAGUUCUGUCUCAAUAUAUCCUUGACAUUGUGAUAAAUGCCGAAGGCGCGAAAAUAUUUUUGUGUGGCAAUAUGGCGGACGGUGAAGGCGAGGACCAAGUCGAUAAAGCAGACAUUGAAAAUUUUGAACGAGAAUGUGGGAACGUUUUGUCAGGUGUUUAUCAGAUUUCAUGUAAAGAUAAUAUGGGCAUUUAUGAAAUGUUCAAAGACAUUGCUCGUGUGCUUCACCAAGAAUCAGUGGGCAGAAUGACAUUAAGGCGGGAAAUAGGAAAUGUUAUACAACCAGGUAUUACACCAGAAGGUGAGGAACCAUCUAAAAAACGGUGCUGCAGUAGUAGUUAGUCAUUAUCAUUUUCAUUUUUUGAAAUCCUUUACUACAAAAUGAACAAUCACAGACUGCAGGUUUAUUCAUGCUAAUCAUGCUUAUCCAGCUUACGAGUUUAUCAUUGCAGAAACAGAAUGACUGAGUUUUCUUGACGAGAUUUAUAUUAAUCUAGAUGCUAUUUUUAAAUGUUUUAAUUUACAUAUUUGACAUGCACUCACCAAAUAUUGCACGACAUAAGAACACAGUAUAGUGUUGCUUUAAUUUCCAUCAGGCUUUGAGUUUAAUAUGUUAAAUGAAUUGGCAGCAUUGUGUCUAAACAAAAUAUAUCUUUACUAGAAAAUGAACACGAAGAUGCAAAUGCUAAUUCAUCUUAAAACACUUGAUAAGUAUUGUCAUAUUGUAUAUUUUAUAAAUGAUAUUAUGAGGUUUUAAAGAAAAUAUUUGAUUAAAAUGCUUUUAAAUCUGAAGAUUUUUUUUAACAAAUUGGGCUAAAGGACAUCGUAGGUUGUUACAAGGAAUUUACAGAUGAUACACUCUUAUGUCAUCGGUAUACUGCUGUUAAGCAUGUUUUUUUCUGUCUCAAUUAUCACAUAUAUAAUGCUCAAACAUAGCAAUGUAUAUAUUGCAUUUACAUUCAGAUAAAAAUAUAUAUAAAUACAUGAUGCAUAUUUCAGUGCACAUGCCAGUAUUUAUGAGUUACCCCUUAUCAGGUACGAUAAAAACGUCACAAAAACCGAACACGUAUAAAGUUAUGACGUAUCAAAUCUUUAAAGGGCUCAAACAGGACAGCCGAAAACUACCUCCAGCCAAUUUGCCUGAGGAAGUUGCAAACUUAGUAUUAGUACAUUUAGAUAAUUAAUUUAAAUAUCAGAUUGAUUUAGUUGAUGCUAUGCUUUAGAUCUCCAAAAAAGUAAGAUGCUAUCAAGGGGUCUAUCAAAAAUAAAAGAGAAACAAACAACAUGACCAAAGGAAAAAAGAUGAACAGACAAAAAAGGCCACAAAACUCUACACAGAAAACAUAAGAUGUAGUAACCUAAGCCCGGUCCCAACUCAGGUGCGCCAAAACAACCAGUUCCACUCGUGGCAAAGAUAUAAAUGGUGGUAACGAUAUUCAAUGUGUAUUCUAUGUACAGUCGAGAUAAAUCUCUUUAUUAAAGAUAGUGGAUGACAUUUCUUUGAGUGUAAUAUGGUAAUCAGUAGUUGUUCCUUUUUGGUUUCAUGGUAUUGUUGUGUUAACUGUCUUGUCUACAUUUGCCUUUAAUUCUUGUUAUUGAUAUUUUGAUCUCGUAAUGAAAGUUUCUAGAUCCUCCAUCAAAUAGCGUUGUAACUGAUUUUAGUGCCACUGACGAGGUAUAUAGACAAAACACACGUCUGACAUAUUAAAUUAUAAGCCUGGUACCUUUGAUGACUUCUGAUGUGAAUUUAUUGAUCUAUUAUUUUUUAUUUUAUUAAGAUUUUAAUGAAUUAAACAUGUCUUCAGCCAUCUUUUUUCAUUUUUAUUUGGAAAUGGAUAUACUAAUGUGCAAGGCUAGUAUUUUACAUAUAUAUUACUAUUGUACCAAUGAUAUAUAAAACAUUGCAUUUUAAUUCAUUUUAAAUCAUGUAUGCACAUUUAUAUUGAACCACUUAUACAAUUCAGAUGACUUAAUAGUGUGUUUAACUAUUGUUUUACAUGUUUUAAACUUUGAAAUAGCCUGUUAAUUUACAUUUUACAAAUAUGGAAAUUUAUAUUAUGAAAACAAAUAAAAUGUAUUUGUAAACUAAAUAA